UCUCGUAGCAUGCCAAUGUCGCCAUCCGAUUUCCUGGAUAAGCUAAUGGGUAGGAUGUCAGGCUAUGAUGCGAGGAUCAGACCAAAUUUCAAAGGUCCUCCAGUUAAUGUCACAUGCAACAUAUUUAUAAACAGCUUUGGAUCCAUUGCAGAGACAACCAUGGAUUACCGAGUGAACAUCUUUCUCCGUCAGAACUGGAAUGAUCCACGCCUCGCAUACAGUGAAUAUCCAGAUGACUCUUUAGAUUUAGAUCCAUCUAUGCUGGAUUCCAUUUGGAAACCUGAUUUGUUCUUUGCUAAUGAAAAAGGUGCCAACUUUCAUGAAGUUACAACAGAUAAUAAGUUGUUGCGGAUCUUCAAGAAUGGAAAUGUACUUUAUUCCAUCAGAUUGACUUUAAUACUUUCCUGUCCGAUGGAUCUCAAAAAUUUUCCAAUGGAUGUGCAAACAUGUAUAAUGCAGCUGGAAAGCUUUGGAUACACAAUGAAUGAUCUCAUUUUUGAGUGGCAAGAAAAGGGAGCAGUUCAAGUAGCAGAAGGUCUCACUCUGCCACAGUUUCUGCUGAAAGAAGAAAAGGACUUAUGUUACUGCACCAAGCAUUACAAUACAGGAAAGUUUACGUGUAUUGAAGUCCGAUUCCACCUGGAGAGGCAGAUGGGUUACUAUCUCAUCCAGAUGUACAUACCGAGCCUCUUGAUCGUGAUUCUCUCCUGGGUGUCAUUUUGGAUCAAUAUGGAUGCAGCUCCAGCCAGAGUGGCUUUAGGCAUAACUACUGUACUGACCAUGACAACACAAAGCUCAGGUUCAAGAGCAUCUCUUCCAAAGGUGUCAUACGUCAAAGCCAUUGACAUCUGGAUGGCGGUGUGUCUGCUCUUUGUGUUUUCUGCCCUUCUGGAGUAUGCAGCUGUGAACUUUGUGUCGAGGCAGCAUAAAGAGCUCCUGCGGUUCCGACGCAAGAGGAAGAAGAGCAAGGUAAAAGAUGAUGAUACACGUGACAGUCAGUUUAGCAUUACAGCAUACGGAGUGGGCCCCUGUGUGCAAGCAAAGGACGGAAUAACGCAAAAGGGGCCAAAUAAUCCUGUUCAACCUGUACCAAAAAGCCCUGAUGAGAUGAGAAAGGUAUUCAUUGACCGGGCCAAGAAGAUAGACACAAUAUCCAGAGCUUGUUUCCCAUUAGCCUUUCUGAUUUUCAACAUUUUUUAUUGGGUAAUCUACAAAAUCAUCAGGCAUGAGGACAUUCACCAGUAACAAGAUUCAGGCUUGAAGUACAUGAAGAUCUGGCUGUCACACUCAGCAGGAGGCUUUUUGUUAGGAAUGCACAUCAGAGGAGUGAUUGGAGGAGUUAAAAACAAUGAAGGGGAGAAAAAGGAUCCUGCAUGGCCUGCAAUGACCAGCUGCAGUGGGAUGGACGAAUGAAACCCAGAGAGGAUACAUCUGCUAUUGCAAACUUUACUUGUCAAAGAAAUUAACAAAUUUUCAUUGAAAAUCACUCUCUACUGAAGCUUUACUGCCAAGUAUUUAUACAUACUGUUACAUAGUGGUAUAAUUGUACAGUACUCUUUGAUGGUCCUUAAAUUUUUUUAAUUCUGGUGUAUUUUUAAUUUUGAAAAUGUUUCCAGAAU